UGAGCGCGCGGGAAGCAAGGAUCAGCUGGUCGGUUGGCAGGAGUUGGUGCGCGCUAGCUCUGCAAUUACAACCACCUAAAGUACUCCAUAUCAUGUGUUAACUGUUGAAUAUUUUGUAGUUUAACUAUUUAGUUGUUUAAUUAACUCAGAGACAAUGCCAGUGCUUAAGAGUUUCACUUCUUCACCUUCUAAAAUGUUUAUUCUUGUGAGGUUCGCGGUUCUCGCGUGUCUCUUGGCUGCGACGGAUUCUCUCCCGGUCUCGAGCGAUAACAAAGCUAUGAUGUACCUGUCCCAGUUCGGAUAUCUUAGUCCUGCAGUCAGCAAUUCUCAGUCUGAACACAUAAUGUCUGAGGAUGUCCUUACCAAAGCCAUCCAGGAGUUCCAGGCCUUUGCAGGAAUCAACAUCACAGGUGAUCUGGACCAAGAAACACUACAGCUGAUGAACACUCCAAGGUGUGGGGUAAAGGACAAGAUUGGCUUUGGAACGUCCUCCAGGAGCAAACGUUACGCGCUGCAAGGAAGCAGAUGGAAGGUGAAGGAUUUGACAUACAAGAUCUCAAAAUACCCGAGGAAUCUUGCCAAAGCAGAAACUGACAAAGUAGUGAAAGAAGCAUUUGGAGUCUGGGCUUCCGUCACGCCUCUUACAUUCACUCAGAAGAAGAGCGGCUCUGCCCACAUAGAUAUUAGGUUUGAGCGAGGUGAGCACGGGGAUGGAGAUCCAUUUGAUGGCCCCGGAGGUACUCUUGCACAUGCUUUCUUUCCCGUCUACGGCGGAGACGCUCACUUUGACGAUUCAGAGAAAUGGACUGUCAACUCUUACAGAGGUACCAACUUGUUCCAAGUGGCGGCCCAUGAGUUUGGUCACUCUCUUGGACUUUCUCACUCUGACUCGAGAGCUGCCUUGAUGGCUCCCUUCUACCGAGGCUAUGACCCGACCUUUGAACUCAACGGUGAUGACAUUGAGGCUAUCCAGGAGCUGUAUGGAGAGAAGGACUCGACCAACAAAGGAUCAGGUUCAGGUUCUGACGGCAAGCCUUCGAAAGACGCUCCACCUGAUGAGGAGGGCGAAGACAGCGAGCUGUGUAACGAUGCCACAAUUGACACAAUCUUCAACUCUGCCGAGGGAGUCACCUACGUCUUCAAAGGUCUAUACUACUGGAAGCUGACUGAGACCAGUAUAGAGAAAGGCUAUCCUCGACUGAUAUCCAAGAGUUGGAUUGGCCUCCCAGGAAACAUUGAUGCAGCAUUCACAUACAAGAAUGGCAAAACUUACUUCUUCAAGGGAACCAAGUAUUGGAGGUACACGGGGAAAGUGAUGGACGGAGACUAUCCGAAAGAGAUAUCUGAUGGAUUCACCGGCAUCCCUAACAACAUUGAUGCAGCCAUGGUUUGGGGCGGCAACGGCAAAAUAUACUUCUACAAAGGUUCAAAGUUCUGGAGGUUUGAUCCUACCCAGAAGCCCCCAGUGAAGAGUACGUACCCCAAGCCCAUCAACAACUGGGAAGGAUUGCCCAAUGAUCUGGACGCAGCCCUGCAGUAUACAAAUGGUUACACUUACUUCUUCAAGGGCGGCAGCUACUGGAGGUUCAACGAUCGAGCUUUCAUGGUUGACAGUGCUGAUCCUCCGUUUCCCAGACCAGCUGGCUACUGGUGGUUCGGAUGCCGAGCGGAGACCAAAGGCUCAUACACUGGUACAGUAGAUAGUGGUAGCUCUCACGCACACGAAGCUAGGCAUAGAGAUAACUCCGACGAUGUUGGCGAUAUUAUUCUCGAUGGAGAUGACCCUCCAACCAUCAGGGACAGCAGACCGAUGGAUUCCGAGGCCUUCCCUCACUCCAGUAGCGCCAACUCGAUAACACCCACCAUCUUGAUAGCUCUUCUGUUUGUGGUUCUACUGAGGAUAUUCUGAUGAAGAGCUGUGUAUUUUAUGAGACUGUGGUAAUAGCUCAAUUAAUGUGCUUAAGAUAUUGUACGAAUCAAAACUAUAUUUUAUUUAUUUUGUACUUUUAUAAAUAUUUUUAUCAUAGAAGUUUUUUAUCCUUAAUGUACAAAGCAACGCUUACUUUAAUAAUAUUCUUUAAUUUCUAUGAAAGUAACUUUAAAUCAGUAAACAUACAGCUUUUGGCCUUUUAGCAUUUAGGUACUUAUGUUAUAAUUUUUUCCAUUGACAUCUUCAUAAUAUUUCUUUGAUACUGUAGGGGGAAAACACAUUUGAUUGAAAAGCUAAAACAAACUUUAGUAUUCCUAUACUUUAGUCAGUAGACGGAUCGAAGUAUGUUGAGUUAAAGAGCCCCCAGAGCUCAAUAUCAUUAAAUAUGUAGUUGCAAUCAAGCACAAAACAAAAUUUACAACUGCAUCUUCCAUAUGUGCUCAAUGUGAGACCUUAUUUUCAUUUUGAAAUUAUUACUCUGCAGUUAAACAAAACAUAAAAACACAUCAUGAUAUAAUUAAGAUUAAUUGCAUAUAAACUACCUUUUCUAGGAGUAUGAAACUGUAAAAAUGGAUGUAUAUUAAGAAACAUUGAAAUGUAAGCACUAGUUUUAAGGUUUAUUUAUUGUUUAAAUUCCUAAGAGCAAAUAAAAGUAUUAGAGAUUAAGAGAAGUAA